GUAUGAGCUCUUGGUAGGGCCCUUGACUUAGGGCUCUUGCAUAAAAGCAGACACCACUUUCCAUCUCUUUUUCAACCCAAAAAGGAACUCAGCUACCAGGAAUUCUUCCCCAACUCAGAACUGAAGAUGAAAACACUUUUCAUUUUAGGGGUUCUGCUGUCAAUCUGCAGCCUCUCCCUUAGUCAAGAAUGUAGAGAACAGCUUCUGGAGGAUGUAGAUUUCCCUGGAUCCGACAUCCAAACUGUCAUCUCUCCUGAUGUUGAUCACUGUCAGCAACUUUGCACCCAGCACCCGGCCUGUCUCUUUUUCACCUAUCUCCCUGCUGAGUGGACCCAAAACAACAGGAACUUCUUCUGCCUCCUCAAGUCCAGUUCCUCUGGAGAACCUAAAGUGAAGACUCCGGUGCAGGGGGUCACCUCCGGCUUUUCUCUCAAACCCUGCAGACCAGAUCCAAAGCCUUGUCUGCCUCGGAUGUACCCUGGCCUGGACUUCCCAGGUGCUGACUACAGAGCCUUGUUCACAGAAGAUGCUGAGGAGUGUCGCAGGGCCUGCACACAAGACCCUGCCUGUCAGUUUUUCAAUUUCCAAAAUGGACGCUUCACAAUAGAAAAUUUAAGGUACACGUGCUACCUUAAAUUUAGCUGGGCAGUGCCAACACUUCCAAUUGUUGAAAGAAAAGCUGGUGUAGUGUCUGGAUUCUCCAAAAAAGCAGAAACACCUCAAUGGGGCAAACCAGUAUGUCAGGGAAAGCUUUUUCUAAACACCAACAUCACAGAAGAAAACGUUUUGGUUCUUCCUGCUGCCUCCCCUGGACACUGUCAGAAUCUGUGCUCUGCUCACACAGUCUGCGCCUCCUUCACUUUUGUCAGUGACAACUUCAAUUGUCAGCUGAAGGUAAACGGCAAUGCAAUGAUUCUCAAAGCAAAAGCUGGAGUCACAUCUGGAUUACCGGCACGCUUCUGUCGGCCAGACAACAGCUGGGUUAACGUUGCUCUUGAAGGAGUCGAUUUCGGAGGUAGUGACAUUCGCUUUGAAGUGACAGAUGAUGCGGCCUCUUGUCAGAGGACCUGUAAUGAGGAUUCUAACUGCCAAUUCUACACUUAUGUCAAGCCAGACUUUCCCGAGACUAGUAUCAGGCGCCGCUGCUUCCUCAAGCGUGCCAUCACCAUGCCCGCUCCUCCUAGAGUCACCAAAGUGGACAAUGUUGUAUCAGGUUUCCAACUGAGGAACUGCCUGUAAAUUGCUGCAGAAACACAAAAAGAUAUUGUUGUUUUGGUCUUUAAUAUGGCCCCUUGAUCUGUUGUUUUUUUUUCCUAACAUCAGUUUACUGCAACGUGUACAUGAUUAUUUUUGUGUGUAGAGCAAUAAAACACAGAACAUUGA